CUCAAUAAGUGGACGUCAGAUACCCAAGGCACCGCUCAGGCACCGCUACCCAAGUCAAAUUAAUGGAGCUACCACCAUGGACGCCCUUCAUCGUGGUCGUGCUUGCAACCGUGCUCCUACUAGCAACCAUUCUCCGUCGUGGCCGUCGCGCAUACAGGCUCCCGCCAGGACCUAAGCCAUGGCCGAUCAUCGGCAACCUCAACCUCAUGGGCGCGCUCCCACACCGCUCCAUCCACGCACUCUCGAAGAGGUACGGCCCUCUCAUGUACCUCCGAUUCGGUUCGUUCCCCGUCGUCGUUGGCUCGUCGGUCGAGAUGGCCAAGUUCUUCCUAAAGACCCAUGACUCCGUGUUCAUCGACCGGCCCAAGACGGCUGCCGGCAAGUACACAACAUACAACUACAGCGACAUCACUUGGUCCCCCUACGGGGCCUAUUGGCGCCAGGCGCGUAAGUUGUGCCUCACCGAGCUUUUCAGCGCCAAGCGGCUCGAGUCAUACGAGCACAUCCGCAGAGAGGAGAUUAUGUGCGCGCUUCUGCGCGAACUGCACGAGGCCGCCGGGCGCGCCGUGGUCCUCAAGGACUACCUGUUCACCUUGAACCUCAACUUGAUUACGCGAAUGGUUAUGGGCAAGAAGUACCUACACAAGGAGGCUACGGAGGAUGGGACGACGCUGGAGGAGUUCAAGUGGAUGGUCGACGAGUGGUUCGUGCUCAACGGCGUGCUCAACAUCGGCGACUCAAUCCCGUGGCUUGACUGGAUGGACCUGCAGCGGUACAUCAAGAGGAUGAAGAAGCUCAGCAAGACGUUCGACCGGUUCCUCGAACAUGUCGUGGAAGAGCACGACCGGCGACGACGCCUCGAGGGGGAGAGCUUCGUUGCAAAUGACAUGGUUGACGUGCUGCUAGAGAUAGCCAGUGACCCUAAUCUCGAGGUACGGAUCGACCGGGAUGGGAUCAAAGCUUUUAUUCAGGACCUCAUGGCCGGUGGCACCGAGAGCUCGGCCAUUACGGUUGAGUGGGCAAUGUCGGAGAUCCUCAAGAAACCGGAGGUGUUCGCAAAGGCCACGGGGGAGCUGGAUCGCGUGGUGGGGCGAGACCGUUGGGUUGAUGAGGAGGACAUUCCGAGUCUCCCCUAUGUGGAGGCCAUUGUGAAAGAGACUCUACGACUGCACCCGACCUCGCCAAUGUUGGUGCCUCGACUAUCCCGCGAGGACGCGUCCGUUGGUGGCUACGACAUUCCCGUCGGCACACGGGUUCUUGUCAGCGUGUGGUCCAUCGCCCGCGAUCCAACGCUGUGGGAUGCGCCGGAGGAGUUCGUGCCGGAUCGAUUCCUCGGCAGCAAGAUCGACAUUAAGGGGCAGGACUUCAAGCUGCUGCCUUUUGGGUCCGGCCGGCGGAUGUGUCCUGGAUACAGCCUCGGGCUGACGGUGAUCCAGGUGAGCCUCGCCAACCUGCUGCAUGGCUUUACUUGGAGGCUUCCCGACGGCGUGGCAACGGAGGAGCUCAGCAUGGAGGAGACAUUCGGAAUGUCCACGCCGCGCAAGUUUCCUCUUCAGGCCGUCGUGGAGCCCAAGCUCGCAGCCGACCUCUACAGCGAGGCUUGAUAUGUUUGUGGGCGUGUGAUCGGUCGUCUGUUUGAGUGAUUUUGUAGAUUGUGUUGAUGUCAGGUAUCAUCUGUGGCGUAAUAGUCAAGUGAAUAAUGGAGAUUUGUAAAGAAAUCUACAACUCGGUGGUAAUACCUUGGUGUUCAGUAA